AUGUCCGAGUCUGAUGAUCCACCUGAAUCCCCCUCUAGGAUAUGCGGAAGACGCAGACAACUUCUUCUGAGCAUCAUCAAGCAAAACGACCUAUCCCAACUGCAUCAAGAUGACACCUUCCUUGUAGCAGCCACGCACGGCAGCCCGGAGAUUCUGCGGGUCCUCUUGGAUGUGUACGCAGCUGCCCCGGAGGUCGUCGAGAGGUUCGACCGACGCCAGUUAUAUCUGCUCCAUGAUGCAUGUAGCGCUGCAAAUCUCGACAUAGUGCACCUUUUUCUAGACAGCCAUAACAGUCAAGACAGUCAAUUGCCCCUUGAGACGGUGAAUCUGCAUGCCAGAGAUGAAAUCGGGAAGACGCCGAUCCUCGAGGCUGCGGCGUCGCUGAUAGAUCUACACCGCGACGCAGACGAGGCAGAGGAAAAUGAGGGCGCCGAUUGGAUUGAGUGGGUUCGGGAUCGGAUCGCUAGGGGCGAGCAGUUGAUUCAUUUCCUUCUGGACCGGGGAUGUUCCGCCACAGAUGACAUUCCUCCUGCAGCUGACUUUGGUCCCUUCUUAAAUGAUACUGCUGUCGACAACGGCCAGCCGAGAGGGGGCGUGCUUGGUCUCGCUGUUUCUAGAGCCAGCGGCAGACUGGUCCAACGGCUCAUUGAUCUCGGAGCAGAUGUCCACCUCAAGCACCACCAAUUCCAUGACGUUGUAUCGUUGCACUUUCUAAAUAGAGAGUUUUACAAGCACAACAUCACAACACUUGAUACAGCUAGUCUGUUCUGGAACUUCGAGGCAGUCAAAUUGCUCCUGGACCAUCUGAAUCAUCGAAGCAAAGUUCAAAUCAGCACCGGUCCCGAUCUCGUUUCCUUCCCCGACAGUACCGGCCGUUUUCCACUACAUUUGGCUGCCCAUGGUCCAGGAAUUUCUGAAUGUAGGCUUCCGGAUGAGGAGAUAAGCUUCAGAAUUACAGAGACUUUCCGCCUCCUCCUUGAACACAGUCCCACGAGUAUCAACCUCCCCGAUGACGCUGGAUCCAUACCGCUGCAUUACGUUGCUAGAACACACACCACCUGCGGGGGCAGCCAGCACGCCGAGCUUGCUAUCCGCACUUUACUCGAGUAUGGCGCCGAUACCACUAUCACCGAUGACAGUGGCCGAACCGUUCUGCAUAUAGUAGGAUACAGCAGCCUUGGCUGUGAUCCCGUCGGUACUGGACUACUUGAACUCCUCGUGGCACAUGGCAUCAAUAUCAAUCACGCUGACCAGAGGGGAAACACAGCCUUGCACGUCAUGGCUGAAAAUCUUUGUCAUAUCUCCACGGCAAGGUUUCUACUCGAUAACGGGGCCGAUAUCCGAGCUACCAAUGCUAAGGGAGAGACUCCCUUCCAUGCCGGAGCGCGGGGAAAGCUCUUUGAUCGCACGCAUAGAGAUGGCACUUUCGAGAAAUUGACGAUUGAGGACAGGAUCAGGGCACAUGAGGAGACGAUGCGUAUUUUGGAAGAGGCCGUUGGGCGAGAUAACGCCACUAUGAUGAUGAGCCAGCCAAAUUUGGAGGGCAAGACUCCCCAAAAAUUGCUUGAGGAGACUAGAGAUCGCUGGCGCGAAUUGAAGCAGCGAAUGAGAGGCGGCGGGGGAAGGGGAAGAGGACGAGGCAGAGGGCCGCCACCAAGGGAAUGA